AUGUACUUAUUCUUCUACAUAGUGUCUCUCCUUGCAGUCAAAACAGAGCCUUUGAACAGCAGUGAAGCGGCCACCACCUCUGGAGAUGGAGCCCUUGACACUUUUACUGGGUCAGUAAUAACUAGUAGUGGCUACAGCCCCAGAUCAGCGCAUCAAUACUCCCCACAGCUAUAUCCUUCCAAGCCCUAUCCACACAUUCUUUCUACACCAGCAGCUCAAACAAUGACUGCCUAUGCAGGCCAGACUCAGUAUUCGGGGAUGCAGCAGCCAGCCGUCUACACAGCCUACUCACAGACAGGACAGCCCUACAGCCUGCCCACUUACGAUCUGGGCGUGAUGUUGCCAGGGAUCAAGACAGAGAGUGGACUUUCACAGACUCAGUCCCCGUUACAGAGUGGGUGCCUCAGUUACAGUCCGGGGUUUUCUACCCCCCAGCCAGGCCAGACGCCUUAUUCUUACCAGAUGCCAGGUUCUAGUUUUGCCCCAUCAUCGACUAUUUAUGCAAAUAACUCAGUUUCCAAUUCAACGAACUUUAGUGGUUCACAACAGGAUUAUCCAUCCUACACAGCCUUUGGCCAAAACCAGUAUGCACAGUAUUACUCAGCAUCAACGUAUGGAGCAUAUAUGACAUCAAAUAACACAGCUGAUGGCACAUCAUCUUCGACCUCAACCUAUCAGUUGCAGGAAUCUCUUCCGGGACUGACUAGCCAACCAGGAGAGUUUGAUACUGUGCAGAGCCCCUCCACACCUAUCAAAGACCUCGAUGAGAGAACUUGCAGGAGUUCUGGGUCAAAGUCCCGAGGAAGAGGCCGGAAAAAUAAUCCCUCCCCACCUCCUGACAGUGACCUAGAGCGUGUAUUUGUCUGGGACUUGGACGAAACCAUCAUCGUUUUCCACUCACUGCUCACAGGGUCUUAUGCUCAGAAGUAUGGCAAGGAAGACCCCCAUCCUGCUCUCAGGGAGCUUAACAAGCAAACAAAAUCAUUGCAGACAGUGAUAACUGCUGUGAAGACAAUGAACCUGGGUCAUGUAGAGAGUGGCGUGGGGGAGGAGGGGCUGACCCUGGAGGUGAUGAUGCUGAGACCUGAAUUCCAAGAAGGAGCUAGUUUUGCAGAUGUCGGGGGAAGGGGAUCUUCCUUAAAACCGCCAUCACUUUUUGACUGUGUUCAGUUGUCAGCCACUCUCUUCCCAAGCAGAACAGUUCCUUCGUAUUUACCUCGAUGGCGG